UUGCGUACGCGUUCUGGACGCAGGAUCUUACGCUCUGAGUUGGAACAUUGUGAACAUCUCUUUUUAGAUCCAGUGAGAAAGUUUUAAACAGCUGUAUUAGCAGGUUUAGGACCAAAAUGCAGUUGUUUUUGCGCGCGCAGAAUACUCAUACCCUGGAGGUGACGGGACAGGAGACUGUCCAAGACAUCAAGGUUCACAUCCAGGCCCUGGAAGGGGUGUCAGUGGAGGACCAGGUGCUGUUGCUGAAUGGCACCCCUUUGGAGAACAGUCACUCUCUGCUGAAUUGUGGGGUCUCUGAGCACUGCACUCUGGAUUUAGUGGCCCGGAUGCUGGGAGGUAAAGUCCACGGCUCCUUGGCUCGUGCUGGCAAAGUAAGAGGACAGACACCAAAGGUUGACAAACAGGAGAAGAAGAAGAAGAAGACUGGCCGUGCCAAGCGUCGCAUCCAGUACAACCGGCGCUUUGUCAACGUGGUGCCCACGUUUGGCAAGAAGAAGGGCCCCAAUGCCAACUCCUAAACUUUGCCCCCUUCCUCUGAAACAUAUGGUGAAGGGCUAACAUUCCAGGUUCCAGUGAUGAUUACAUGAUCUAACAAUGAAGAUUUUGCAUGGCUAAGUUUCACUACACCAUUUAUUUUCCAAUUAAGACAUAAUUGUGAAUUCAGGCAUAGACUGAAGUCUUUUCUCUAAUACUUUUGUAAGCGUUGAAAUAAAGUCCAUAAUAUAUUUAAAA